CGAACAUGUUCAAAUACACUAUUACAUAUUUUCAAUUGGACUGAAUACAUGGCUGCUCCUCCAACUUAAGCUGCAAAAUAGGAGUUCGACUGGGAAAAAUGAAAAUGCGUUCAAAGUUGGAUCGAGAAUGACCGCAUCAUGGUGCGGCGUAUGGCACGCUAGGCUUUUGGAUGUUCCUGGCUGUUGUUGUCGCUCUCACUUUGCUCCCUCAUUCACUCAUUAAUUCCGCAUUCCUUUCAUUCCACACACCUGUCUUUCUUUUUUGCAUUUCUACUCCCAGCUUCUCAUUCAUCCCUUUACUUUUCAAACAGCCAGCCUUUUGUGUAUUUGUUAGCCUCAAUACUAGUCCUUGUUCAAACCCAUAGCACAGAGCAAUGCGAGUGGCACACACCCGGUCAGGGAAACCUAUCCCUUUCAUCCUCACUGUCUUCCCUGUCUGUUUCUACCUGGCGCUUAUCGGCUUUGGCUACUACGUCUUUGUCGUCUCAAUAUGUGUGCGGCUACUUCAUAACGACCGAGUCGCUCUUGCAGUGGUUCUCCUGGUCCUCUACCAUAUCACGUUCAUCAUGAUGCUCUGGGCAUAUGCUAUGGUCAUUCUGACCGACCCCGGACGGGUCAUCCCAGAGCACCCACAACAGGAAACGCAGCAACAGAUUGGUCAGGGCGGGGUUCAGGGGGAUUCAUCGUUGCAUCACCAGGUCGAGCCGCAUAUUCAACAGGGCCACCCCCUGUGGUGCAGUAAAUGCCAGCAUGUCAAGCCAGAAAGAGCACAUCAUUGUAAGGUGUGCAAGCGCUGCGUCUUAAAAAUGGAUCACCACUGCCCCUGGAUCUUGAACUGCGUCGGUCAAGAUAAUUACAAAUUCUUUGUCUUAUUCGUCGCAUACACCUCGAUCCACUGUGUGUACCUCUUGAUUGCGACGAUUCCGCUUUACUUGCGGUUUCCUGACGACACAUGGUCGCACCAGCUCGAAAUCGCCGGCAUGGUCAUUGCGGGCGUCUUUGGCAUCAUGCUCAUCGUCUUUACAAUUACCCACAUCCGUCUCAUCCUCCUGAAUCGAACCACGAUCGAGGACCACUCCACCCCGCGCACCGAGGGACCUUUGCCCUGUUUCUAUAAAGGCUGGGCCCAGAGCGAAGGCGAGGAGAACCAGGGUAAUGAACGACUGUAUGAUGUGGGCUUGAAGGAGAACUGGCAGCAGGCGAUGGGCAAAGGUUGGAAGUGUUUGAUUCCCGUUCGCUUCCCUAGGCCGGAGGGACCGAUUUAUAACCAAAAGGUGGUGGCAAGAAUGUGGAAGGACUACAAUCAGCAAAUGGCGGCGAAGAACCAGCAGCAGGAGCAGCAGCAACAGCAGCAACAGCCGACAACGCAGCAGCCAGGGGAGGAUACAGCGGUGGGGACAGCGAGGUCAAGUCCACCGGCGCAUGAAGUGCAUCAUCGGGCCAAUUCUGGAGCGCAUCUGCAGGACGAUCAAUCUUGCACAUAGCUAUCGCUUUACUUCUAUACCCUAGUUUUCCAAGCACCAUGUACUAUUAGCGUACCCAACUUAAUAUUGCGAAUAUAGCAGCAAGG